GUCUCCGGCCGCUCGGCUCCGCGCUCGGCUCGGGUCCGCGGCCGCUGCGGCGCCGGGCAUUUCUCCGCAGCUCGGCUCGCGGCCGCGCCCGCCCGGCCCGCGCCCAUGCAGGCCAUCAAGUGCGUGGUGGUCGGCGACGGCGCCGUGGGGAAGACCUGCUUGCUGAUCAGCUACACGACCAACGCCUUCCCGGGAGAGUACAUCCCCACCGUUUUCGACAACUACUCUGCGAACGUGAUGGUGGACGGGAAGCCGGUCAACCUGGGGCUGUGGGACACCGCCGGGCAGGAGGACUACGACCGGCUGAGGCCACUGUCCUAUCCCCAAACUGACGUCUUUCUGAUCUGCUUCUCUCUCGUGAGCCCGGCGUCCUUUGAGAAUGUUCGAGCCAAGUGGUACCCCGAGGUGCGACACCACUGCCCCCACACGCCCAUCCUCCUGGUGGGCACCAAGCUGGACCUCCGUGACGACAAGGACACCAUUGAGCGGCUGCGGGACAAGAAGCUGGCGCCCAUCACCUACCCCCAGGGCCUGGCCAUGGCCCGGGAGAUCGGUGAGCUCUGUCAAGUACCUGGAGUGCUCCGCCCUCACUCAGCGGGGCCUGAAGACCGUGUUUGACGAGGCCAUCAGGGCUGUGCUCUGCCCACCCCCCGUGAAGAAGCCCGGGAAGAAGUGCACGGUCUUCUAGAGCCAGCUUCUGGAGGAGCCACCCCGCCCGGGCCCGUGCUUGCUGUCGUGUCGAGAUGUCUGGUGUCCCUGAGUCUGCUGUGGGGGAGUGGUGUGGGUGGGGAGGGGGAAGAAGCAUGGGGACAGGGCUGGGGCCGUGGAGUCCUGUCUGCUCUGUCUUGUCCUUCUGGGGUACAGCUCCAGCUUUACCUGGCCCCCACGGGAGGCUGGAAGGGAGCAGGGUCUCCCUCAGGCUGCAGGGGCAGGUCCAGGGCAGCCCCGGGAUGGGCUUCCUGGUGGGGGAGGUUGGGGGGAUGGGUCCGGUUCAUGCGCCCCAGGAUGGGGCAGCCCUUUCUUCUUUUAUACAAUAAACAUUCUCCACCACC